AUGAGUUCUACGCAUUUUCCUGGCAAUAGAAGCAACGCCCAGUCUCAGCUGAAUAUCUUCGUUGCGAAGGCGAAGCUGAGCUCUGAAGCAGGCCAAAGGAGAUGGGGAUUUAGGCCGACGUCCACGCGUCCACUUGCAUUUGACUACGUUGACCAACGAGAAGGAUUUGAACCAUUGUGGCAUGCGGAAUGUAGCAGUUUUCCGUUGCUCACGAUGCUUCUUAGUCGGGAACCUAGUAGCGUGGAUUGCAUCGGCGGCAGAGCCGCCGAUGAUGAAGUCGUUGAUUACUGGACAGACGGACAGCGUUCCGAAUGUCUCCUUCCGUCAAUGCUGUUUCAAACACCUUCGUGCUUAGACACUGCGGGUUCUGGAGGAGAUGCUUUGUUGAGGGUGUUUGUUGUGGAGGCGAGGCCCUCUUUGAACAUCAAAAUUUGCUUUUCACGUCAACAUUCACCUAUCAACCAUAGGCGGCGAUAUUGUCUGCCAAAUUCAUGUGCCGAUGAAGGAUGUUCACUUGAAAUCGCUACUAAUUCUCGUCCUUUAUCACCGACAGAGAGUUUGAUCUCCCUAGACCAACUUGGACCGAGCUUUGCACCGACACCGACAUUCUGA